ACUGUGUGUACUGAGCAAAGGGACAGAGGGACCCCUUUGUGAGAAUGCUGCGCCUUGAAGCCGGGCGAGACACAAACUCUGUCCUCCAGGAGGAGAUGGGGGAGAAUGCCCAGGGGCCCCACUGAUGCUCGUGCCUCUCGUCCAGCUUGCCAACACACUAUGCGGAUGUUACCGAUAACUCUAUGGUUUCUCGUCAUUUGGAAUCUCGUUCAUGGGCAUGACGUGGAGCAGGAUUAUCAGGAGGGUGCGGAAGACACAGAGCUACAGCUGGGUGGUGAAGGACAUAGUGGCCUGGGUGCUGUGUCUAGCAUGGAUGACCUCCUGGAGUUCUUCUACCCCCGGUACGGCUUGGUGCAGAGCUGCCUCCGGAAGAGGGCUCAGGGCCCGUCCUCUCACCCCCGCCGCAGUGAGGUCAUCUGGGAGAAUCCCCACGAAGCGGCACUCUACAGAGAUGACGGUGCUAUCCAAGUCAUCAUGGCGGAGAUCGAGCGCACCAUGUGCCGGCCUCGGGAGGUGUGUCUGGACGUGUCCAAGGAGUUUCCAGAGAGCACCAGCCACUUCUACCUCCCCCGCUGCAUCUCUGUGCACCGCUGCGGGGGCUGCUGCAGCCACGAGGCCCUGCACUGCACCAACACCAGCCACAGCCUGGUCAACAAGACUCUGGUGGAGCUGUCCCCAUCUUACAUGGACCACACCGUCAUCAUGGUGACUGUCACCAACCACACCUCCUGCGAGUGCCGGCCCAAGAGACCCCUGCACUCCGUCAUCAGGAGGGCAGCUGACUACCACCACACCCUGUGCUCCCCUCCAGAUGUGCCCUGCAGCCCAGGACUGGAGUGGGACCCCACGAGCUGUCAGUGCGUUCCCGAGGGUGAAGGCUCACACUCGGAUACAGAGCUGGAUGUCCUGGACUCAUCCCUGCUAGCACUGUGUGGUCCCAACAAGGUUCUGGACAAGGAGAGGUGUGAGUGCGUCUGCCCAAAAGGGCUGACGGAGGCUAGCUGCGGGCGGGGGCGUUACCUGGACGAGGCGUCCUGCCGGUGCGUCUGCGGGGGGUCGUCAGGGAGCUGCCCGCCCAAACAGCGCUGGGACCCCGAGCGGUGCAGCUGCGUCUGCCUUGACGACUGCCCCCACGGCCUUCACCUCGAACCCGAGACCUGCCAGUGCCAGUGCCGGGAGAGCCCGCGAACCUGCCUGCUGCAGGGCAAGAGGUUCAACCCGCAGAACUGCAGCUGUUACCGGCUGCCCUGUAGGACUCCAUACAGGAAGUGUAACUCCGGCUUCUACUACAGCCACUACGUCUGUAACUGCAUACCCAAUCAUUUGAGGACAGGCGAGUUGAACUGA